AUGGCGCUCACUACCUUGCAACGUGCAGUCCGCGCGCUUCGCUGUCGUGACUUGGCCAUGCCGCCCUACAAAUCGACCCUCUCACAGCGCAAACGGGCAGAAUUCUGGUCUGCGGCCAUCAACUCGGUUGUUCUUCCAAAGCUCCGCGCCAAGGGAUGGAUUUGUGACGAAGACGACAAGACGCUCGCAAACCAAAUCACUGCAAUGAUAUGCGAAGGUGCGGGCGGAUGUCAUCUCCAAUACAAGAUUUGUGAAGUUGUCCCCCCAGCCGCCAGGACAGACAUUGAUGUCGAUGUCUUUGCCAUGUCCGUUAUGCAAGAAGUGCGGGCGAUCAAAGCGGAGACCGGGGCGGGCGAUCCUCUACCUUACAUCCCAAUGGUGAAAUACAAGUCUAAGGAGCUUCCAGCGCUCCGCCUUCAUCUCGUUGGUCGUGGACAGGUUGGCAAGAACUACACGACGAGGACGCUACGGGAAGCUGCACUUGCGCGCGCGAGGCCCAAGAUGCUCGCCAAGGGUCUGUACAAUGACAAUACAGCGACAGGAUCUGUGCAACAUCUUCCAAGAUUCAUCGUGAGAUUCGCCUUGAGGCAACCACAUCAGCAAAGCCUCGAGUGCGACCGCGAGCCUGACAACGCCGCAUCACACCUUGACUUCAACCCAGCGCAGAACCCCGAUCCGCAAGGCACCUGUCAUCUCGGGCGCCUUCCCGCCGAGCUUCGGAACCUCAUCUACCAUUACGCUUUCAGCCAUCAUACCAACUCGAGUGGCGAAGUCAGCUUACUCACCGAACCGCCACCAGCUCCCGCUCUGUCCCGAACCUGCAAGCAAAUCCGCCUCGAAACUACAUCAAUGUACGCGGAAAAGUUGCAGCAGUUCUGGCGCUCGAGUAACUUUUUCAUCGAUGCCGCAAUCUUCCCUACAGGCUGGCAUCUGCGCCAUCAGCUCCUGCGAUGUAUAAACCAGCACUGGAAGGGAAUCAACAACCUGCGCUUGAAACUCGUCGGCAAGAAUGGUGCCUACAACGUCAUCUGGAAAAAAGACACAGAUUCCUGGCUGGCAAAGAGAGAAGGCGGUCCAGAUGCAGCAGCUAAUGGUAUCGGAGGAUUUGCCUAUGGGGCCGUAGAUCUCAGCAGUGGCGAAGACGUCGUGAUUUGCAGGGUGCCCCGUCGCGAGCGUCCCCGUCGCGACGACUUGUUCGGGGUCGAUCGUCUUUAUCGCGAGUAUUUCUUAACCUUCGGGGCGCAUGUCACGAAAGACGCGCUCAAGGAGCAUCAGGAGGGUCUUGCUGAUGGCACAAGGGGACGAGCACCGUUGGAGGACCAGAUUUAUGCUGUUCUGGGCGUUCUCAAUAUCUGGACCUGA